AUGCGUUCAGUAGUCUCCGGCGCUCUAGGUACUCAGGGAUCUGAGCCCACGUUCUCCGGUGAAAUAGCCAGAGUGACCGGGGGUCCGGCCUCUGGGGAAGGCCUCCAGACUUUGCUAAGUGAUGAUGACGAGCUGGAAAUAGACGAGGACGAAAAUUUUCGCCUUCUUGAGUUCCAUCCCAGUAAAGAUGAGAAGAAGAAAAGGAAAGGCAAAGGCAAGAGGAGGCACAGGACCAGGAGCAAUAGCACGACUCCUCUCAACCCCCAGCACACGUUCUUCACCAACGGAUACACUUCAACUUACACCACCAUAGAGGAUCCCUGCACCUCCACCCACCUGGGCUACUGCAUCCAUGGUUACUGCAAGUACAUAGAGGGGCUGCAGGAGCCAGUGUGUAUAUGUAUGAAGGGUUACGACGGGGAGCGCUGUGGGAUUCAAACUCUGGAGACAGUUAAAAACCCACCUGAUCAGAUCAACAAUACUGAGUUGGUGCAGACGGUCUUAGUGAUCAUCGCUGUGGUCCUGUCGGUCAUCAGCUGCACCGCCAUUCUGCUCAUGACUUGUGCUCAUUACAGGUCACAUAAAAACUUCCUUGCAUCCUAUCUGGGAACUGGGGCGGAGCAGGAGAAGCUACAGAAACCCACUGGGGAUGUUAUGGUUUGAGGGCGUCAAGUUACGAUGAGCCAGCUGCACGACUCAAAGACGAAGUGGACCAAAAGAGUCUGGGGACCUGAGAAAGCAGUAGAGUGAAUAGACUGCUUCAUUAGAUGCUAUGUAAAAAAAAAAUACACUGUCCAGAACCUGUUAGAAUGUAAUUUAUUUAGUGUGAUUAUUUAUUGCUACUGACUGUAUGAGUGUCUGUAUGUCAGACUAUUGUUAUGAUGUCUUUUAAUGUGCGAAUAUGUGCGGUUUGGUUUUAUUUAUUGCACUGCUGUUGUUAUAGGUCAGAGAAACGCUUUUCAUCUCUCUCUGGAAAAGGGAUGGAAUUUGAUCACCAAUAAAGUGUCUCAGUGUUA